AUGACCCUCAACUCGCCACAAUCUCUCCUUCAGCUGUAUGGCUUGGCAACUUCACCCGAGUAUAACGGCGGCAAAGAUAACAAGGUGUGGACCGCUGAGCUCAUGCGUGAGGUCGGCUUGAAGUGUGUCGGGCUCAAUGGAGUUCCCCGAACGAUCAACUCGCUCGGUGCUUUCUUCGAAGGUCUACCACAAGAUGUACAAGCUGAGCUCAAGAAGCGCAAGCCACGGAGAAAUCUUAACACAGAAACAAUACCCCACACCCUCCAACGUGGAAAUGAUCUCUGGGAAUCAGUCUACCGCCCCUUCUCCUCCAAGCUAACAGCCAAACUCGCCCAAUCUCAUCCAGAUCUCCCGGUAUUCAUCAUCGAGGGCGAAUACGGUGCUCUUUUCUCUGAUCCGCGAUACCCAAGUGGCGACGACCCAAAUAUACCAAAUAUCGGCCGCGUACUGAUGAGCGUUCUAGCCGUCUCCGUACUUCGGUCGCAGACGGGUGUCGGUCCGCAGGUCGUCAGUCACCUUUUCGGUCUGAGAAAAGCUUAUGAAGAUGGAACCGCGGAUGCUGAACCGGAGGUGCAAGGUGGGAAGUGGCUGGCCAGUAAUGAGGGCGCUAUGUGGUUGCUUGAGUCGAUCGAUAAGAUCGUAGAGGCCAUUGGAGAUGGUCAGACCAGUUUUGCACCUGGAUAUGCAUCACAAACGCCAAAGGCCAAACUGUAG